GAGAAAGGUGCGACGAACUCGUUCUGAGGCUGUUCAUUGUGGAAGAAUAAAUCGUUAGCAGAAAAUCCCUCAGGACAAAAUCGAAUCAGCAGCAACAUACCAUGUUGAGAAAGCGGCAAAGGCCAACGACAAAAUCAACAAAAAGGGAGGAGGUCUGAUAGCAAGCAAGCAAGCCAGCAAGCAAAAAGGGAAGGAUUGGAUACAAAAAAGUUCGGAGAGGGAGGGGCUUGGCGGGCCGACCGAUAAUAAGUCACGUGGCCCAACUUUAUCGUCCCGUCCGGAAUUUCUCUCUCCUGUGGAAAGAAAGCGCUUCUGGUUUGCUGGAUCGGUUGGUUGUCCCCAUUGACCAACAAGCAGGGAACAAUCGCUAUUGCUUGCCUUCAAGUGAGCCUCGUCAGAUACACACGACCAUCAAAAAUGUUCUCCCGCACUGCCCUCGCCAGGGCCUUCGCCCUCCCGACAAUAGAGCAACCAUGCGCCGCCGCCGCACGCUUCUCCGUCGCCCGGGCCUGUCUUCACAGCAGCGCCGCAUCACCAGCACCAGCACCAACAACAACACAAACACAAACACAAACACACCCCGAAUCCCCCCUCUCCGCGACCCCACGAGUCCAAACCUCCACGCCCGCGCCCACCCCCCAAGAACCCCCCUCCUCCACCUCCACCAUCGACUUCAAAAAACCCGUGGCCCCAACCUUCACCGCGCCGCUGCAACUCACGCCGACGCUCCUCGCCCAGCUCCCGCAACUCACCACCCAGCAGCCGCACUACAUCAUCUCGCACCUGCACGACCGGCCCUACCUGCUGACGCAGGGCGACUCGAUCCGCCUGCCCUUCCUGAUGCCCAAGGUGAAGCCGGGCGACAUUCUGCGCUUCAACCGGGCGUCCGUGCUGGGGUCGCGCGAUUUCUCGCUCAAGGGCGCGCCCUACGUCGAUGAGCGGCUGUACGAGUGCCGCGUGCGCGUCGUGGGCGUCGACUCCGAGCCCCUCCGCGUCAAGGAGAAGACGAAGCGCCGCCGCCGGCACGUGCAGAUGGUCCGGAGCAAGCACAAGUACACCCUGCUGCGGGUUAUGGAUGUCAAGAUUAAGACCGCGGAGGAGUUGUUGCGCGAGGGGGCGGUCGUUGCUUAGGAGGAUUUCCCCACGGUGUGAUGGGGUACUCGAAAAUUGUUACUUGCGGGUUCGGGAUUUUUCUUUGGGUUGGAUGCAGUGACUGUUCACAUGGGGCUGUUGUUGGAUGGGAGAGGGAGACUGCCAGAGUGAGAAAGGCGAAGACUGGGCAAGAGGUGCAUGUUUAGGAUGGUUGGAACCUGCAAUUGCGAAGGAUUAUGUACAGAUAGAAAGUGGGUGUCUGUUUCCAUGCACCAAGUGGUGCACUUGUAUUGUAUCUCAUAAUUGGGUUUUUCGAAUGUUCAACGUGCUUUUCUUCUUUA